CCGCGUUGUCAAUAUUUGAUUCAUCCAGAACUCCAGGUGGCGCUAGUGGUUAAUGUCAUGUGACAGAGCGCGUAGAAUAUCACUGAAUGAACGUUACUUCCGGUUCCUGCAUUUGCUGUUUGGUGGUGUUUUUAGCGUUUGUUGGCAUUUUCUGCACAAUGGCUGAGGAGGAGGAGGAUCCUGGAUUUGAAGAUGACGUAGAGGACGGAGGUAACGGCGUAGACUCUGGCCAAGGUAAAAGAAAGCGACUUUUUUCGAAAGAGCUGCGCUGCAUGAUGUACGGCUUUGGUGACGAUCAGAAUCCAUACACCGAAUCUGUGGACAUACUGGAGGAUUUGGUCAUCGAGUUCAUCACGGAGAUGACCCACAAGGCGAUGUCUAUAGGACGACAGGGUCGUGUUCAAGUGGAGGACAUUGUUUUUCUCAUCCGCAAGGACCCUAGGAAGUUUGCAAGAGUGAAGGACCUACUUACCAUGAACGAGGAGCUAAAGAAAGCUCGCAAAGCUUUUGACGAGGCUAAUUAUGGAUCUUAAUGAUCGCCAUUAUAUGUUAAGCUGUCAUUGUUACCUACAGUCAUCCCUAGUAUUUGUAUUUUUUAUGGGACUGUAUGUCAUGCAUGAACAUGCAGGUAACAGACUGCAUAAAACUAUGUUCAUUGUAUUCUAUGUUUUUGUCUAUAUCAUCACUUUUCAUUUUAUUGAUCAAUAAAGAUACAAAUUAAAUGUUAAAGAA